AUGCAGAACCAAGCGAGCAUCCACCCUCAGUCUACCCCUUCUUCCGAUUCCCACCAUAACGAUCAAGGGAAUCAGUUUUACCCUCAACCUGAGAACGAACCUCAGGUCACAUUCAAAGACGUCCAACGGCGUCACGGUGUGGCUGCCCGGCUCUUCGUCGGAAAUCUUCCGAUCAGUGUCGGGCAGCAACAGCUCAUGCAGGAUUUGCAUGGAGCAUUCAGGCAGUUCGGAAACUGCUAUGUCGGGCUGUACAGCACAGCCAAAGCAGGCCAGAGGCUGCCUGGGGCGUUCGUCCAAUACGAACGUCCCGAAGAUGCUGAAAGGGCGCUCAGCCUGGACAGACAAUGUCGGCUGCAUAGCCGCGUUCUGAGGGUUGAGAGGGCAACCGGGGAGAGGAACCGGGUCGAGGCUGGGCCGCAGCCAAUGCCAAUGCCGUCUGCCAAUGUGUUCCCGACGCCCUACCCCCCGGCGUCCUACACCCAAACAUACUACCCCCAGACAUACUACCCACAGAUGCCACCACAGUGGUAUCCGUAUCAGCAGGGGCUCUCGGCGGAACCCACCUGGGGUUCCUAUAUGGGUUCCUAUAUGGAGCCCUAUAUGGCUGGUGGCUAUAUGUACCUGUGA